AUGUGCUACAUUCAGGUCAUCCACAUCACCCGCUGCGAAACCCGUCGUCCAGCUGUCAUCAACACUACCACCGGUAAAACAGUCUACCAUCCGCUCGAACCACCUGGGGUCUGCGAGCACAAGCGGCCAUUUGGCGACGCAACAUGUCAUUACCAUGGCGACUGCUGCUCACCCGGGCAGAUCUUCUUCUGCAACGCAAAGGACCCCAGGGAUAUGUGUCGUGGUAGGCAGGCCUAUCACAUAAAUAUUCAUCCUAACUACAUGUACGAGUCCGGCGUACUUCACCAAAUGGAGCCCAUUGAAGACUGGGAGGCCCUCGAGAUGAACACCGAUGUUUUCGCGUACGAGGAGGAUAUUCGAUAUCAGUUCAUGGAAGCCGGUGCGUUGAUGUACGAGCUUAAGAAGGACGCCGAGAAGAUUGUUGAGUAUAUCCUGCACCACCAGACUAGCUGUCCCGAGGAAGAGGCGGAGCUGUUCCUUGAACAUGGCGAUCUUUACGAGAUGUGGAUUGAAGCGCACCACCAGUUCGUGGGAUUGAAGGAGGCGUGGGAGAUUCUGGCGAAUGUAGGCUGUAUGGAAGUCUGCCCGUCUUCUCUCCUGCGCGUUCAUCCCUGGCGAGAAUGCUUCCAGGAAUGUCCUACGCUUCAAAAGGGGUUCCCGCAGUUUAAUUAUGUUCCAUUUGCUUGGCUCGAUAAUGUAGAGCGACAGGAUGAUCUUUUGCGAUGUCAUCCGUAUUACUCUCAGCAUCAGGCACCACCUCGUCCUAAGCCACGUGUUAAGGACGAUGCGCUUUGGACAGCGCCUGCGCCAUAUGGUGUCAAUCCAGGUAUCUCUAAAAAGACCCUUGGACGGGAUCCGGAGGUUCAGGGAGGAGCAGAGGCGCUGCCGUAUCCAGGAGAAUGGGCCGAGGUGUUUGAGGACAAGGCUCGACGGGAGGCUGAGAUCGAAGCUGAGCCUACAUCGAUUUCGUCGAGUUCGGGUCCAGAAAUUCCUCCUUGGCUCAUUCCCUACGGUAAGGAACCGGAUAUGGGAUGGAAGGACAUUGAUUGGCACCACUGUACUACGAUUAUUGAACGGCCUAUGAGCCCAAAGACUCUUCCGCGCAACGGGGUGAUUCAACGGGUCAUGCCUCCGAAGGACAGUUACAUGAACCCUAAGGACGCGCCUAAGGGUCCGACAGCUCUUCCAUCAAAGGAAGAGACUCGACGUGUCAGCCCCCUAUGGCGAACCGAACCUAUUUCCAAGGAGGUUAUACCAUGGGACCUCUUCGGCGAUCCUAUCAAGGCUCCAUGGAAUGGGUACAGCUUCACUGGGACGGAGAAACCGGCAGAGCAGGAGUUUCUCCACGUCCCCUCACCAGUGGAGGAACCUCAGAUCAUUGCACCUAAAGCAAAGAAGAGCUUGAAAAGGAAGAGUGAAGAGGGCCAGGACGGCGGGCUUCAGAGGAAGAGAUCGAAGGGGGUGGAGGGAUGGACAAAGCAGAAGUUAUCUUAUGUCCCUUCACUAAUCGGGUAUUCUAAGAUCUCUGCGCGUAAAGCAGUGGGGACGCUGAAGAGAAAGAGCGAGGAUGAUUUGGAUGGGGGGAUUGAGAAAAAGAAGGUGAGAGUUUGUACCGUUUGA